AAAAACAUACUGCACGACAAUUGCGGUUAUGCUUCCUUCUUCAUCAAUGGGAUUCAAAGCUAGAUUUCAAAGAAAGUACUAUGGGGGAGGCGAAGGAUUUCGCGAAAAACAAUCAGCCGUUCACGCGGCACUUUGCGAUUCCUUUAAUACACCAACUGCAAUGAGCGAAAUAAUGGAACUCAUUAACAAAACUAACAUUUAUGUAUCUGCUGGAAGAAAUAACAUUAGCAUAUUCGUACUCGAAAAUAUAGCGAAAUAUGUGACAAAGAUGUUAAAAAUCUUUGGUAUUAUUGGAAACACAUCAUCCGAAGAUAUUGGCUUCGGUGAAUCAGAACAAAAAGAGGUUGUGCUUCCAUACCUUCGUGUUCUAUCGAGUUUUCGCGAUAAUGUCCGAGAACUUGCACGCCAACAGAAAGGUCAUGGAGAAUUUUUAGCCUUGAGCGAUAAGCUAAGAGACAUUGAUUUGGUAAAUCUUGGAGUGUCGUUAGAUGAUCAAGAAGAUGGAAAGGCUUUGGUUAAAUUCGUGGACAGAGAUGUACUUAUCAAAGCAAGAGAAGCAAAAUUACAACUCCAAGCAGAAAAGGCCGCCAAAAAAGAGGCUGCCGCAAAAGCUAGAGAGGAGGAAAGAAAAAGAAAAUUGGAACAAGGCAAACUCGCAGCUGAAGACUUGUUUAAAGAGGAAAAGGAUGAAGAUGGAAAAAAUCUUUAUUCUGCAUUCGAUGAACAAGGAAUUCCGACACAUGAUAGUAAUGGAGAAGAACUGUCGAAAAGUAAAAUUAAAAAACUGAAGCAAAAAUGGGAUAUUCAAAAGAAGUUAAAUGAUGAAUAUUUGGCUACUAUUUCCAAUUCUGAUAAUUAA